AUGCCGUUCCCUUUCAUCCUCCCCACGACCUCAGCCUUCUCCUACUCCACGAGCUUCACCUGCGACUCGCAUCCCUCGCUCCCUCUCUCAGCGAGUACCCAGCGUGGGGUCGUCCGAGAUGUCCUUAAGAAGCAUAAGCGGUCCUCUCCACAAGCGCAAAGCUCCAACCUCCCGACCAUCAUCUCCGCCAUAACUGGGUACCUCCCCUACCUCCUCGCCGUCGACUCUGGCCUGAACCACCGCACCAUUGGCAAUGGCCUCGAGAUCUUCAGCAUCAUCCAGCGGUCCAAUGUGCCCCUGAACAUCGAGUGGCGGCCAACGCUGGCAGACGUUUUCAUCCCAGGCAAGAGGGAGAACGCCAGGGUCAAAAUCCACAGCCUGGAGCACGAGGUCGCCUUCGUGCUGGCCACCCUGGGCUAUACAUACACCCUUCUGGCGCGCACAGCCCUUCAUCCUCUCUUCUCCACCACGACCACCGAGGAUCUGUACGCCAUCGGCUCGCAGCCGCGCCAGGCAGCCAUAUCAAGCGCGACGAAGCACCUCCUCGACGCCGCCAGCGUCUACGACUACCUCGCCCGCCGCGCCGAGCGCCCUCACAGCUCCCAGCUCUCCUCCCUGCCAUGUGCAGAUAUAACAGCCGCCACAGCUCGGGCGCAAUGUGAGCUGGCCCUCGCGGAGGCUACGCUGCUCGCUGUGCUCAAGGAUGACCCUUACCCGGCACUGGUCGCGCAAGACAGAAAUCAGAACGACAAAGAAUGGAUGUAUAAGGCGCCAGACAUACCCAAGGUACGGGCGCACUUGUUUGCUAGGUUGUGCGUUGCUGCGGCGGAGCACGCGGCCAAGGCGCACUCGCUCUGCGCGUCGCAAGGAGGCUUUACGGGCGGCGGCGGCGGCAUACGCUUCGGCAGCAAGAAGAGCACAGAGCAAGGGGAAGACUCGAAUGGCGGUGGAGGCGGUGGAGGAUCUGGGAAGCUGAACGAGGGCUUUGUCAAGUACCUUGAAGAUCUUAGGCGGACGAGCAGGGCAAAGGCAUGCCGCUUCUUCGGCAUCGACGCCGAGCUGGGCGGGCAGACGGGCAAUGCGAUCGGGUGGCUGCACGCGGCGUAUCAAGAACUAGGUGUGGAAGUCAAGGACUCAUCAAAGAAGUCAUCAGGGCUCGGCAGGCUCAAGAAGGAGUGGUCAGAGAAGCGGGAGGACCGCCGGGUGGAGAAAGGCACCACGUGGGGCGCAGACGCUGGCAAGCUGGAGGAGACUCGUGUGAUCGAGAUGCUGGAGGCCAAAUGGUCCAAGCAAAACGACACGAUGUUCACCCAGGCCAUCACUCCCGCUGGGACACUGCUUGCGCAGAUGCCCUCGGCGCGCGAGAUCCACACUCUCAAACCGUUCGAUGCCCCGGUGCUGGACAACCUCACGUUGAAUGCCAUGCGUGCCCCACCAGACCGUAACGACGACUUUGGAGAUGAGAACAGCUCGGACGAGGAGACAGUUGUCGCCAGUCGGCCAGCUCCGGGUGCAUAUCCAGGCAGCGCGUCGUCAUAUUAUUGA